UAAAACUCGCGAUAAAUAAAAAGAUGGGAGAGAGGGGGGAGAAUGGUUGCAGGUGUUGUGAAAUUAAUCGAACGCGAGGCGUGAUAGCACCACGUAGAAUCACAACAUGGUGUACGGUAACGUUGUCGCGUUCCGUUUCCGGUGUUUGUUGCCUCGCUCCAAUACUCUCAGACGUGGGCCGCGAACUCAUUCAAUCGUACGUGCUCGCGUACUUUGUGUUUCCUCGAGUUUCCACGAUUUUGGCAUAUUUUUUUCCCUUCUCUCUUCAGAAAUCGAGGUUGCACGAAGAAGAGAUUAAUCGCGAGAUCGUUAUGAAAUUAUUACGGAAUUUUGAAAAUCGGGGAGGAGAGGAAGGGAAGGAUCGUUCUUAGGUGAGAAAAGACCGGCGAGAGGAAGCCGGUAGGUCUCCGUGGACACCGAAUGGGGUGGCUUUGGACGGGGGGGUAGAAGUUUGCACCGCCCCCGUGCCGCUCCAAUGGGACGAGCUGGCGCGCUCCCCGCCGACCAAUGGCGAGGAGGGAGCGCGUCGUAUCGUGCCGUGUUGCGCUCCACUCCUCGGCGCGUACGAGCGCGUUACGAAAAACGAAAAAGAAGCUCGAGCGGAAGAUGAUGAGGGAGAGAGAAAGAGAGAGGGCACCCGCCGACAACCUCCUCCACCGACUGCAUCGGCACCGACAUCGGCGCGGAGUGAUCGGCAGUGCCAUUGGCACCACUACAAUCGCCGUUCGCGUUUACCACAGUAGCGGCAGAACCGUGUUACCGCGCUCGACACGCGAUCGACGCGUUAUUUCUUCUAUGAUAAAUCGUAAUCGUACGAAAGAUUGUAUUCGGGGAUUCCUCCGUUCGAUCCUCUGUGAGAAGUGUGUUUUCCGGGAGAAGAGUGAUCAGAGAAGGUGUAAGGAAGAAUUGUUGUACAAAUGUGAUAAAUGUCGCGGGGCUCGAGGGAAGCCGUUCCUAGACUUCUAGAUGGAACUACGUCGCUUCUGCGGGGAGAUUGAUGUGCGUCGGAUUUAUGAAUGAAGAAUACCGAAUGGCGGGGACGUGAAUGAAACACGGUCGAUCGAAUCGAAGCGUCGAUCGUUCGAGCAACGGAUGCUUAUUUUUCCGACGAGUUACAUCAAACCGAAGGUACGCGUCGUACGACUCGUUCGAAUCGCGUUUAAUUCCUCCGAUCGAUAACGCGAGUCGGCGAUCGCGGUCGCGGCCGAGAAGCGCUCGACGGAGACGUCGCAACGCUUGGAGAGAAAAAAAUGAGCCUCGCGUGAGCCUCGGCUGAGAAGCUGGAAAAAAUAAUCGUGAACGAGAAUGCCCGAUAGCUCGGAUCAACUGUCGUCGCCGAACAGCGAAUGCAACAGCCAGAUAGGUGUUAUGCACCGGAACACGUCCGCUGGGCAAUUUGACGAUUCGUCGAUGCCCGGCCUCGCGUUGACGCAUCAGACGCAUUCGCAAAAUCUAACGUCCGCCUCGAACGGUGGUGGCAGCCUUCAGUAUCCUCAAGAGUUGACCACUUGCAGUUCCGCGAAUACGUCCACCAAUAUAGGAAACAUCGGUGGACUCUCUCUGGGAAUUACGGCCAGUAACUAUACACCGGACCAGAUAUCUUGUAUGUGCAAGGCGUUAUCGCAGAGGCAGGAUAUUGAGAAGCUCACGAGGCUCCUGUGGUCGUUGCCGCCUGGCGAGUUGUUCCGCCGCGACGAGAACGUGCUGAUAGCAAGGGCGACGGUGGCUUUUCAUCGGGGCGCUUACCACGAGCUCUACUCGAUCUUGGAGAGCCAUCCGUUCUCCUCGGAUCGCCACCCGGAACUGCAGCAGAUGUGGUACAAGUCGCAUUACCGCGAGGCGGAAAAGAUCCGGGGACGUCCUCUCGGCCCCGUCGACAAGUAUCGGCUUAGGAAGAAGUAUCCAUUGCCAAAGACGAUUUGGGACGGCGAGGAGGUGGUUUACUGCUUCAAGGAACGUUCGAGAAACGCGUUGAAGCAGUGCUACAUGAGGACGAAGUAUCCGCUCUCCGAGGAGAAGAAGAAUUUGGCUAAGGAGACAGGCCUGACCUUGACCCAGGUGGCUAACUGGUUCAAAAAUCGACGGCAGAGGGAUCGCACGCCGCAAACGAGAACAGACAUGUUGCCGUUAAACUGCCAGAAUAACGCGAGCAACGUGAUCACCGGGUCGGUGAGCAACGGGGAGAGCAUUCAAUCUUUGCAGAGCAUCGACUCGAACGGGACGAAUCUCGCGAUGUCGCCGCUCUCGACGAUGAGCAUGUCGCCGGUCGCCGUGAAUCCUUGCAGCCCGAUGGCCUCUCGCCAUCCGAGAUACGCGACGCCCGUGGCCCCGUCCUCCGUGCACACCACGCAUCCCCACAGCGGCAGUCUUAGCCCGAUGAACGAUGUUAAAGCGUUGUGCUACGGACGCGGGGUUUGCGAAACCGGCAAAGACACGGAUCAAACCUCCGUCUAUUAUUCCACUCAUUCGAGCAUGCAUCAUCAGUAUUACCAGCAAACGCAUCAUCAGAUGAUGUCCACUGCUCAUCAUUAUCAGCAUCAUCAACAGAGUAUGCCUACCGGAUACGAAAUCGCGCUUCCGCCUCCUCAACACUCGACGUGACCAACCGAUUACGAGACCGAUAGAAAUGAUGCGGUUCAUCCAGUUCAAACGGAAGAUGUAUUCUCGCGUGUCCAUGCGUUCGCUUGACUUGCAGUAUUCGACCGGUGUUGCGUCUCCGAUCUAAACAAUUUAUCUUCUUAUCAUCGUUAUCGAUUCAUUUCUGUUUUUUUUCACGCAACGUUUCUAAUUUUUUUC